AUGAUUUGUUUUGGAAAUGAUUGCAAAGUGGUCCAAUUUUACGCGGCCUAGGUUGCGGAUAGCGAAACAAGUCUCUAAGUACUACAAAAUUAGAUAUAGAAUAACUUAUGUAUCAACAAGACCAUCAAGAGAGCCACGUCAACGCUAUAGUCUCGCAAACUGGGACUAAAAGUGACGUCGUCACUUACGCGUGAGUUGAGCUCCCACGGGCCUCACAGUGCUAGAUUACUAGAUCCAGUACAAUAUUUGACACGGCGCGAAGUAGACGUUUGCAAAAUAAUUCCCGCGUUUAUAUUAAUUAAAAACAUUGUUAUUGUGAGUUUUGAGUUCAGUGCGGAGCGGAGUCAAGAUGGAUGUAAUCGAACAGAACCUCGUGAUGAUUUUCGGCGAAGAAGACGCCGAAGAAUAUCGGCAGGCAAGACGUCACCACACUUUAACUACUACAAGUGUUGCUUGCCACGCUUCUCUUCAGGAAUCUGACCUCUUUGAUUUGAACAGGACCAAGGAAUCUACGAAGAGUGCUGCUCCGUCUGAGGCAGCUGGACACACCGAUGGCCCAGCACAAUGGAAGGAAGGCCCGUGUGUUCGCGUCGACGUGCCCUCUACACGACCCAGCCCAGGACUGCCUAUCGUCUCGCGAUCUCACGCGACGGCUGGUCUGAACCAGAGCCGGACGCGAGAAGUUACCAUCGCCAAUCCCAUCCCUGAGGACAAGGCGGUGCUCGCCCAUACAAGGCACCGUACGCUCCACCGUGUCCCCUGGGCGGUCCUCGCAAUGGCUGACGACAGAGAUGAACCUGAACUGACCGUGAGUAGUGAACUGCUCCGGUACCUCAGCGACCGAUAUCGUGGAAAAAGCCUGCCUCCAGAUGUUAUAAAUUUAUUAAAUCAGUUGAAUCAAAGCGGUGAAGCACUGGACUCGCAGGCCCACGCGAGCACUAGCGCCAAUGCCAACGCGCCAGACCAACAACCUGGUACCUCUAAGGAAAAGAAACCUACGUCUAAGCAGAAGGAUUCAAAAUCGCCAAAGAAAAGAAAAACUCUAGACCCAGAACUACUUGCGAGAAGGAAUACGGUUUUUGAAGCUCAAUCUAACUAUAAAAAAUGUAGGAUAGAUCUCAAUCAAUACCAGGUCUCUAGGACAGCGAACAGGCGCAAAGAGCGAAUACGACAGAAAUUUGAAGAACUAAAAAAAGAUCUAAAGGACUAUAAAGACUUUGCAGAAAGAAAGAAAAUCGAUUUAGAUGAGUUUAUUUUGAACCUGGACAAACAGAUAAAUGGUACAAACGGACAAGACAAGCAGAAAAUUAAUGAAGAAGAAACCGACAUUGAUGAGAAUGAGCCCCAAGUACAUAUUGUGAAACAUAAGGACAAAGUCUAUAAUAUCAUAAUUAACACACCAAAGUAAGUGUAGUGUAUAUGAGACUUGCUCGCGAAAGAGGUGAAUGGUACCUACAAAUGAGUAAUAGAUAAUAACACUAGUCAACAUGUAUUUUUAUUUACCGC